AUCAGACAAAGGUCUGAUAAGAACUUUACAAUAUCCGGAAUUUCAGGUCUUUUGAACGCCAUGUUAGCUACCUGGAUAUCUUUACUUAGUAUUUGUUCCUCAGUGUUUGCUGGAACAUGGAGUAAUCCUAAUUGUGCUCCUGGAAGACACACCAUUGUUCAUCUUUUUGAAUGGAAAUGGUCGGAUAUUGCAGCAGAAUGCGAGAGAUUUCUUGGACCAUACGGUUACUGUGGCGUACAGGUUUCUCCGCCAAACGAGAACCGUGUUGUGACAUCACCAAAUCGACCAUGGUGGGAAAGAUAUCAACCUGUCAGUUAUAAAUUAGUCACAAGAAGUGGUAACAAGGCUCAGUUCACUGAUAUGGUACAGAGAUGUAAUAAAGCUAAUGUGAGGAUUUACGUGGAUGCUGUAAUAAACCAUAUGACAGGAGCCGGUGGGCAGGGAACAGGAACAGGCGGAUCCCACUGGGAUGGUGGCGCCCUGAGUUACCCAGGCGUUCCUUUUUCAUCGUGGGAUUUCAACGGAAACAAUGAAUGCCAUUCUGGAGAUAUGAAUAUCCAUAACUAUGGAAACAAAGAUGAAGUACGAAACUGUCGUCUGGUGUCCUUGACAGACUUAAAACUAGGAAAAGAGUUCGUACGAAGCAAGAUCGCAGAAUAUAUGAAUCACCUUAUCUCUAUAGGUGUUGCUGGUUUCCGAGUGGAUGCUGCUAAACACAUGUGGCCCGGUGAUCUACAAAAUAUAUAUGGAAAGCUUCAUGGUUUAAAUUCACAGUAUUUUCCUGGUUCCCCGAGACCUUUUGUCUUCCAAGAGGUAAUUGAUAUGGGCGGUGAAGCUAUCAGCGCAUCGGAAUACACAGGAUUUGCACGUGUUACGAAUUUCAUCUUUGGAAUUAAACUUGCGCAAGUGUUCAGAAGACAGAAUGCGGCAAAAUAUUUACGGACCUGGGGAGAGGCAUGGAGUAUGCCAAAAACAACUGACGUGGUCGUAUUCAUUGACAACCAUGACAACCAGAGAGGACAUGGCGGGGGAGGAGGUGUACUGACACACAGCGACCCGAAAAGAUAUAAAAUGGCAACUGCCUUCAUGUUGGCACAUCCUUAUGGUUUCACAAGAGUGAUGAGCAGUUUCAGUUUUGGCAGUUCCGACGAAGGACCUCCUCAUAACGGAGAUAUGUCUACAAAGAAUGUUAACUGGGGAUCGAUAUCAGACUUAAGCUGUGGCAAUGGUUGGGUGUGCGAGCAUAGAUGGCGUGAAAUCUAUAACAUGGUGGCAUUCAGAAAUGUUGUAAUGGGAACCAAUAUGCAACAUUGGUGGGAUAAUGGUAACUACCAAAUAGCGUUUUCCAGGGGAAAUAAAGGAUUCAUUGCGAUAAAUGUAGAAACGUCUGAUUUGAAUAGAAAUUUACAAACUGGACUCCCACAAGGCACUUACUGUGAUGUUAUAUCCGGAAGUUAUGAUGGUAGCAAAUGCACUGGUACAGAAGUGCAUGUGAAUGGAGAUGGAACCGCUCAUUUCAAUAUCAGGAGUAGUUCAGAUGAUCCCAUGGUGGCAAUACAUAUAGGUGCGAAGAAAGGAAGUCAGAGAAAAGUAACAACAUAAACAAUCACUUAUUUCUAAUCAUAA